UUUUUUACGUGAGCUAACGAUUAGCUCACGCGAGACUUUACUGACGUCGUACUAGAGUGGAGUUGUACUGACAUCAUUUCGAUUUACAAACUUCGUACUCCGCCGACAAAAGCAACGCAGUUUAUUAUUUUCUCAAACCUGUGCAGGUAAAACGUGUUCCGCGAACGAUAUUCAUGCAUGCGCAGUUAAUUUAAGCUAACUGGAAAAGAGAGAAUGGAGUCAAAGUUUUGAGAGCUGACAUUUUGUGGUCCUUUUCGGGUGAGCCGGUAUUUCUCAUGGCGACGUUAACUGAACUACAGAAUUCUCUGCGACAGACUGCUCGUCUGGGACUAGAGGUUCUGGAGCGGGCCUCCAGGCGGAAGGUGGACUGGAGCGAGCCGCCGCACACCUACACUCCCGUGGCCGAUGAAGAUGGGGCAGUAUACAACAAAAAAACUAUGGCAGAGCUGCAGGAGGCCUUUUCCACCAUCGUGGAGUUCAUGGCAGAAACAAACAUUCAUUGCAAAAGGUUCUACGACUCAGUGGGAUGCUCUCGAGGUCCCGACAUCGAGAAGAAACACGCGUCUCGCUUCCAUAGACACAUCGGGGCGGCCCGGAACACGUGUUCGCCUCGACUUGGACAUUACGCCCACAGUCAGGGUGCACCAGAGGACUUCUACGUGGAAGUGGCUCCCGGAUCGUACACCAUCAGCGCCAGCCGGCCCGGAUCACAGCAGCAAACCAAGAUGGUCGACCUCGAUGCUGGCGAUACGAAGCAUGAAGCCAGUGGAAUCGAGAGCUGUGAUUUGACGUAGAAGCAGGGAGUGGGUUGAACCAAGGGCUGCGAUUAGCUGUAGAAGCAGGAAGCGAGUGGAACUGAAAGCUGUGAUUGGUCGUAGAAGCAGGAAGAGAAUGCAACCGAGAGCUUAUUGGACUCAGUGGCUGGAACCAAGAGCUAUGAUUGGACGAAGAAGCAGGGUGCAAGUGGAACGAAGAGCUGUGAUUGGACGUAGGAAGCAGGACGUGACUUGAACUGAAAGCUGUUAUUGGACUUUGAAGGAGAAAGCCGGUGGAACAGAGAGUCGUGAUUUAUUUGGCUUAGUUGCAGGAUGUGCCUGGACCCGAAAGCACUGGUUGGUGUUAGAAGCAGGAAGUCGCUGGAAUGUAAAGCUAUGAUUGGAAGCAGGAAGUUAUUGAAACAGCUCUUGCCCAUGAUGACCAUAGAUAUGGGGAUGGGGAUGAUGGUGGAAAGGAUUAUGUAAUUAUUUUAUGAAUAUUAUUAUGUAAUCGCAAGUGUCAUUGUGAGAUAAGAUUAAUUGUACGACCUUGACGGAGCAUGCGUGUGACCUGAAACAAAGCGUGUGAAUGCAUUCAUACACUUUGCGACACCCUCUGUUGUCAUCCGUCUCCAUGGAGAUGGCGUCAAGGACCGACUCAAGACCACUCACUGUGACACGUAUUUCUGAUGUGCAUUUCCAUUCGGCGCGGUAAUGUCAGCUUAAAAAAAAAAUCAUAGUAGUUCCCAAUACUGAAGAAGAUAAUAAUAUCCACGAACACCACCCUAACAACUGCAUGGUGUCUUUUUAGUUACACAACAAGGUGGUGUGCAUUACAAACUAAAAAUGUGAAUGUCUUAAAAUUACACUUGGCCUCACAAUACUGCUUCUAAAGAACCUUAGUGACCAUCUAAAUUUAGCUUUUUCUGUGACAAGGAUGCAAAUGACCUUCCAGUCGGGCUGCACAAUUAAUUGAAUUUUAAUCGUGAUCAUGCCAGGAUUAAAUUAACUGGAUCGUCGGUGAUAUUUACAAUUCUAACGCAGGCUCUGCUGCAUAUCUUAUCAAGCAUUUUCUCUGCCAGUAUCAUAUAGUCACCAUCAUUCAAAAGUUAUAAUCAUUUUGUUUCAAAGUAUCAUGUUGGGUUGAAAAUCAUUCUCAUUGUUUGAAAAGUAGUUCAACAAAAAUGGGUUUUCUCGAACAAAAUAAAUAAUUGUGAUUUAAUGAUUGUGAUUACAAUAUUGCUAAAAAAUUGUGAUUAUCAUUUUGGCCACAAUUGUGCAGCCCUAUCUUCCGGUGCUACUUGAGGCAGGAAUUGUAUUGCUUUUGGCCUCUGUGUGUUGAUGCCAAGUUGAUGGUAUUUCGUUUUCUGCAGAGAGACAAAAAAAAAUAUUGUCCAUUCUAAGAAUCUUCCUUCAUUUUAAAAUCUAAAUAUAAUUUAACUAUCAAUAGUACAAUUAUUCAAAUUUAUAAAUCAAAUAUUUGAAUAAAAAGAACCAGUCAUCCUAGUACCAUAAUUGCCAAAGUUUGGAACAUACUGUUGCAAUAUCAAUUUUUUUAUUUUUUUUUUAAAUACAAAAUUGCCCUCCCCCAAAAAUUAUUUUCUUCAUUUCUGUGUAGAUUCUCAGUCAUCCAGGUCAUGUCUCCAAAUGUUGAAUCGAGGGAGCUGGGCUCUUUGAAUUUGUUGUUUUUGUCUUGUUUCCCAAAAAUGUUUAAAAAAAAAAGGCAACGAUGCUGUAAGACUUAGGCCACUAUGAUAUUAGGCUAAUGAAAUAAAUAAAUGUACAAUAUUUCAGAUUUAUAUGAUAGCUAAUUAUUAUAUAUACAGUAUAUUACGACAAUUAAAAACUAGGACUAUGAAUAUUUUACUUAUAUUAAAGCACUAAUAUAUUA